AUGACUUUUUAAAAAUCACUAUAAGCAUGGCUUGCAGGUUGUGUCGAUAUUCGGAGGCUUUCGUAAUGAAAGAUAAGGUUGUUUUUUUUCCCGAAGCAUAAAUAGUGGGUUAACUUCGUAAUCGGCUAACUGUCUGCCCUGAAGUGGUAGGCUGGUCAAGUUACACAAACGUUUUCAAGAUGAACAGUGGAAAUGGACUCUCGUCAUUAGGCGCCGUCGUUCUCCUCAGCUGUUUACUUGUGACGAUAUCGGGCUCUGUCAUCGUCUUGGACGCCUCCUCUGACGUCAUAGAAAAGAACCUGACUCGAACUGCAACCCUGCGCUGUAGCUUGGAUGACACCACCUCAUCACUGACUGCGCCUGUGGUGGGUCGUCGUGACAUCACACAGACGGCUACCAAUGUAGAGUACGUCACUUCAAUUAUAGUGACCCGGGACACAGGUGAAAUUGUCGCCAGAGUAACCGAGCAUGAAACUGCCGAGGCGUUGGUAGAUCAGGCCAGUCUGCGGGUGUUCGGUAACCUCUCGGUGACCUCAGGACGUCGCGGGUACAUGGAACUGACCUGGAAGUUCCCGACCCAGAGACAGGCCGGUGACUACAAGUGUGAAGUGAACGCCAUUGACGAUAACGGCCAUUUUGUCACGUUUUCAACUUCGCUAAAAGUCAACGUCACCACACCAUCGGUGGAAGAUGUGGUAGACCAGCUGCACGUCACAAGUAACACGGUCGACCGGCUGGCAAACGAGGUAGCCGAAAUGAAGUCCCUUUUGGCAAACUUCUCUGGAGUACAACACGUAGAAGCCGGGACUCUCAAGUGUGGUUACCCACGUUACGAGUACUAUGUUGACGACCAGAUCCUGACGCAGAAGUUCCGGAGUCCUUACGACAAACCUCCAGUGGUCACCUUGGGGGUGACCGUUGUCGAUUUCGGAGAUAUUUAUGAAGAUGCCCAGUUUGAUGUUUCUCUUGUGAGCGUGGAUGAACAAAGUUUUACUAUACAAUGCGAGAAAGGUCGAGGCUACAAUGCCUAUAAUAUGACUGUUAGUUGGAUGAGUGUUUAAAAUAGUGCCAACCAUGGACAAUGGAAUACAGAAAUAAACUUUGCAGUGACCUCUCACCCUUUCACUUACGCAUCAGACAGGACAGAUGUUUUUUUUAAAAGUAUUUACUCAGUUUGCUCCCGUUCAGCUCAUUAGUACGACGAUUUGACAGAUUGUAGGAGGUGCUCAUUGGCAGGAUCGGUUCGGUUCCGUUCGCUUCGGUUCGGUGGUUCGAAAUUAGUCGGAGCUAGUCAGAUUUUCUUCAUGGAGAGGCAAAAUCUGCAAUCGUGGCACAAUUCGAACGAAUGCGAUGGUGACUUUCAAAAACAAACACGCUUGUUUUCAAGGCCAUGAGUCGAACCUGCCCGAAACGAAAUGAAAUGAACCGAACCGAACCUAUCCUGCCGAUGGGCACCGCCUAUUAGGGAAGCAACAGGGCAGACAUGAACUGUUUAACCAUGUUAAUGAUGCUAGAACCUUACUUUUUGAGACAGUGAGAUGUAAAAAUCUAUUUUAUAUUAGUGCUGAAAUUAAGAAGUGUCAAAGAAAAGGAUAAGAAACCCUGUGGGAUACGUAAAAUACAGAUAGAGAGAGAGGAGGAAAGAGAGACAAAGAAAGAGAGUGA